UCGGUAUACCUGAACCCCACUACUUAGCACAAUAAACUUGACUUGGCCAGUUUUAAACCUAGAUUAUAUACAAGAUGCUUUUUUUUUCCAAAGAGGAGAAUCAGGAUUAUUAAAUUGGCAACCCAACAUAAUUAAGAGAGGGCGGGUUUGGGCUUGGCUGAGGCCGGAGCUUUCCCCGGAUUAUUGAUGCCACCAUUUCACUCAGGGUAAACGCUGGUCGUCCAUUUUACCGAGCUCUUUGGGCGCCCGCGACACGGACGCCGGCCCGCAUGGAGCUCGAGGAUGAAAGCUCUGGUCCCCGGGAUAAAACGACGGCAAAGACCGCCCGCCUCGACAUGAGCCACGGCUUUGUACACCAUAUCCGCCGCAACCAGAUCGCCAGAGACGACUACGACAAGGAAGUGAGGCAGGCAAAAGAACAACAGAGGAAGAGGCAGACCCCUGCUCCAGUCCGCCCACGCAAGCCGGACCUGCAGGUGUACCAUCCACGCAGAAGAAAUGGAGCAGAAAAUUUCUCGAGGUUUGACUGUGAGGAAUCAAAUGAAAGCGGUUCAGGCACUGAUCCGGAGCCACAGAAUGACACAAGAGAAGCACAGAACACUGAGCUUUUCUGUCUGGAUUACCAAGCAGAUGAUAAAAUUGUUACAUCAGUCAUAAUCCAUGAGAAUGAUGACCCCAAGAAAGUGGCGGAGAAAAUUGGGUCUAAGAAUAGCUUGGAGCCCUUGAUGAAGGAAGCGCUAAGGCUAAGAAUACAGGAGGAAAUUGAAAAGAGGAUCUCAAAGCGUUGAGUCCAACUGCAACUUCAUUGGGCGAUCCAAUUUUGUUUUUGUUAUGUGUUGUUUUUCUCCAUUUUUAGGUGGUUAAUGAAGUGUGGAGAGAUUUGAGGCCUCGAGGCCAUGCAAGUAUUUGCAAGGACAAAAUGGAUCCAAAAAAAAGAGAAAAAGAAAGCUGAAAAGAGUGGCGGCCACGGCUAGAUUUCCUGAAAGAGGCAAAGCACAUUGCUCAACUGCCAGAUUCAUGGGAGCUUCAGCUUCACUUAGUUCAAGCUCCACAAACGGUGCAGAAUGUCAAAAGAAUAUAAACAGGCUGAAACAAUAUUAUCUUGAAAUUUAAUAUGCAAAACAGAAGUAUUCUAUUUUUGGCAAGUAUUUUAACAAACCUGGGAAAAAAAAUCGACGCAGUAAGAUCCUUGCCUGGUGCCAAUAUUCCCAACUCCACAAAGUGUUGAUGGUAAUCCCAAGAGUUAUCCAAUUCUUCAUUUUAGGAGUAUAAGACAUAGGACUAGAUGAUUCAGCCCAACAAGUCUCUGCCAUUCCAUCAUGGCUGAUUUAUUAUCCCUCUCAACCCCAUUCUCCUGCCUUCUCCCCGUAACUGUUGACAUCCUUACUAAUCAAGAACUUUGGCCUCUACAGCCAUCAGUGGUGAUGAAUUCCACAAAUUCACCACCAAAUGGCUAAAGAAAUUCUUUCUCUCUCUGUUCUAAAAUCUGUUUGGUAGAGUUUCAGAUAAGUAGAACCCAAGGUGGCUAUAGCUAUGGUACUUUUCCAAGGAACCGAGAAGCUGUCAUCUUCAAUAACGUGUAGAAACUUUACAGAACAAAGAUCAGGUUUGUGUAUAUGGCUAAAUCCAGUAACCAGUGUUGGUGUAACUCUGAGAAGGAUUCCUUUUUAUUUUGCAGAGGGGUUGUAUAAACUUUGAAACCCCAUUAAAAUGUUUUUAAAUGAGAUAUCUUUUCUGAAUGGGCUGUCCUUCCUUUCAAAGAGUUUGCUUCUCAUAAAUCUGUACCACUCCUAGCAGGUAGUCUGCAGGUUACUAGGGACCAGUGGGAGAAUGGUCAGUGCAGCUAGUAAAGAGCUGCUGACUACUUGUUGAAUACUGGCAAUAUCUUGGAAGAUGUUUGCUGCAAGAGUGGUUUAUAGGUAUAGAAAGCGAUGAUAAGAGGAUCAAGGCAGUACAUCUGAAUUAUGGCACAGCCUGCAAGAUUAUUGGUUCUUAUCCAGUUUGUGGGCAGUUUGGGAUGUCUACCUCCAUGUAACCAAGCUUAGGAUAUCAUCCAAAAUAACAUGGACGUGGACUCUGACCAUUAGAUUAUCAACGUUUAACACCUAAGAAGUCGAAGUCGAAUGAGUUUCUUAAAUUCAUAUUGUGCCAGUGUCUGUAUUGAUGAGAAAAGCCAACAAUUUUUAGAGUCGUGGAGCACAUUGAGCGGCACAGUAGCAUAGUGGUUAGCACAACGCUUUACAAUACAGGCGGCCGGGGCUGUAAGCAGUUUGUAUGUUCUCCCUGUGACCAUAUGGCUUUCCUCUGUGCUGCAGUCCAAAGGCCUUCCAGGUUAAUUGGUCACUGUAAGUUGUCCCAUGAUUAGGCUAGGAUUAAAUUGGGGGAAUCGCUGGACGGCACUGCUCGAACGGGCAAAAGGGCCUACUCUGUGCUGUAUCUCAAUAAGUAAAUAUUGAGCUUACCUAGUCCAUUCCACCUUGGUAUUCUGCCUAGAUCCUACCACCUGCAUCUGGACUAUUCCCUCCGUACCUCUUCUGUCCAUUUUUCAAAGGUUAAAAUGGGAUGAAUAUGAGAAAUGAGAAGUUUCCCCAGAUGGUCCAGAGGAUAGAUGAAACCAUCUCAGUCAUUCAGGUCAACUCCAAAAUAAUCACAUCUCCAGCUAAGGGGGAGCUGUGAUUGACAGUGACCACAUGUCCCACUCCUGACUGCUGUCCAUGACUCCUCUGCCUGCAAGUGUUCGUUCAUCCCCACAACUCUAGCCAAGAACAGCUAACUGAGCCUUUUUGAUCUUGUUUGGUGCAGUGUUAUAAUGGGAACUUAUUACAUUUGUAGAAGGCGUACAGCAACAGACUCAUCUGCCUUCCUGUCUGGUCUCUCUGUCAUAAAACAUGUGGUUUCAAACAUUUUUAAAUUUUGCAUCCAUCUUUAGGCAAAGUGCAUGAUUUUUAAAAUGGUCUCAAAAAUAAUGUUACUAUUAUGUUUGAUUAAAUUUUCCUCUAGAAUAACAGUUCAAAAAUGCAUCAAUAAUUAUGAACUACUGUGAAGUGUCUAGAGUUUGUGAAAUUUUCUUCUGCCUUGAUUGAGAUGUUGAACAUUGUGAUUUUUUUAAAAAUAUUUCAUUAAGAUUGCUAUCGUUCCCACAUUGAAAACUAUUGUGAAUCAAAUUGGUUUCCUGGUCAUCAUUUAUCUGACUCUGUGUAUGUCAAAUAAACUUUGUAUAUUU